GAUGAAAGAAAGAAACUGUGGAGAAAACCGCUGCAGAGAUUGCGCGCAUUCAACACUUCUCCGCCAAACUGCUUUUUUUUUUUUGUUUAUUACCAAAGUCUCUCUCUCUCUCUCUCUGUAUUUUUGUGUGUCCGCGGAUGAAUCUGUGGCUACGCAGGGGCUAUGCCGUCAGCCUCAAGUAAUACGAUUGUGCACCGCUAGUAUCUGCAAUCUUAUUCUCGUCUUCGCCUCUUCAAAUUUCCCAAUCAUUUGCGCAACUCUUACUCCGCGUGCUAUUUUUGUGAUCAGCUGCUGAAUUUUCGCCUGGGUGUUAAGCUCUUGAAAUGGAAUGGUUCUGGAGUUUUAGUUCAAUUGGUUGGAAUCAUGAAUGAUGGGAUGGCUGCGACAUACAGAAGAACAAUGGUUUUAGUGGAUAAACUAAGCAGAAAUGGCAUUUAAUUUCGUGGAAGAAGAAAGAUGAAUGAUUUUGUAAUGAAUUUCAGAAAACAAGGGCUGAAUGCUUUCUCAUUGUCACCUUGUGAUUUUCACUGAGCCCUUUUAACUCGUGUGCUAUGAGGCAGAUAUGAUUUGUGGAAAGACAAUAACUUUGAUUGCUUCUAUGCCUAAUAUUUAUCUUGUGGCGGAGAAUAAUUAGUUGUAGUGUCCAACCUCACUCCUUUAACUAGAUUAUUCGCAAACUUUUCUUGUUUGUAAAUCUUCACCAUAUCUGAAUGUGCUGAGGGGAACCAACAUUCUGUUACUGGUUCCAACUUUUGAUGACUGGCAUCCUAUAUGUCUAGGUGGUGUUUUUUGUCAUUUCUUUUUCUCAUACAAGUUCCCUAUUCCUAAUUCUUUCCAUUGUGACAUCAUAUAUCAGGAUUUCAUUUAAUAUAUAAGAUUGAGAUUCUGAUGGUUCAACAAACAAAAGAUUCUACAUUUACUGAAUACGGGCUUGCUCAUGCUGAAUCUGGUCUGUCGAAUCCUGAUAAGCAACUUUCCAUCUCUAUAGCCACAAAGAGAACAGAACUGCUUGGUUCCCGUAAUGAAAGCCCAAUGGCCGUGUCUAAAUCUAUUGGAAGCCAGUUCCCUGUGGAGACUAGUGAAAGUGUUGGUGAAUCUGUCAAGAUUUCUGGAACCAAAAGGCCCAUACGGAGCCCUCCAAAAAUUAAUGGUGGAAGCGGGCACAUUGUCUAUGUGCGCAGAAAACCUGAACUCGAGUUAGCAAAGAGCAAUCUUUCUGAUACUCAACUUAAUGCUGCCAAUUAUCCUGAUACUAAGAAAUCUGUUAACCAGGAUGACACAACUCAACAGCUCACAGGGAAGAAUGAGCCAGUGAUGUGUGUAUCAGAUGCUGCACCACUUCCUAGGGCUUCUUCCCCGAGUUUCUCAUCUACAAGACGCUCAAUUUCUCCUUCUCUUGGAGUUUCUAGUAAUAUAUCAUCACCAGAGAAUAUUAAACACGGUGAUGUUAACUGUAUAAAACCUUCUCCAGAAGAUCCAAAAAUGGCGAGUGUUAAUAUCUGGGAAGAACAAUACAGCCACUUGCAGAGUUUGUUGAAAACGUUGGAUCAAUCAGAUCAAUACGAAUAUGUUCAAAUGCUUCGAUCGCUUUCAUCUGUUGAGCUAAGCAGACAUGCAGUCGAACUUGAGAAACGAUCAAUUAAGCUUUCGUUGGAUGAAGCAAAAGAGAUGCAACGAGCCUGGUUCGUUGAUGUCUUGGGUAAAUAUGGAAAGAAUGUCUGUACACCCUCUAAUCUACCGGAGCAGUUACACAAGUGAAAAUUUGCCAAACAAAGCAAGGUUUGCUCCCUUUUAGUAAUACCAAUACAAACUGAUGUGCUUGUAGAUCUGUAGUAUGUAUAUAUCUUGGUACAGAAAGUGCAAUGAGGAGCACACUUGCAUUUGGGGAUACUUCAAAUAGAUUUAGCUCUGUGCUACAUGAAUAGCACUUUCCAUUGUCUAUUAGUAUUAUGCUUACAAAUAAACAAAUUUAUGUUGAUUUAGCUGUCUAAAUGCUCCAAAUUCUUGGACCAAAAUUGUAGUGUUGUCACCUCUACUGUGGAAUGUUCAUCUCAUAAAAAUGAAGAUUGGAACUUGUCAGUCAA